AGAAACUUUAGACACUUCCGGAAACCUCCAACGAUGUGAGUAACUUCUAACACUUUCUCCGACUGACAAAACUCUCUAAGAACCAGAGAAAAUAAGAAAGGGAAGCAACUAAUUGUUAGAGAGAGAUGUCAGAAAACAGAGUCAGGACGAUAAAGCUGCGCUGCCCAUCGGCUGCGAAAACGGCGUCAUUCGCUGCACAGGAGGAGCAGAAGCUGGACCUGGGCUCCAUAGCCAGAGCAUUCGGGGUGGACCCACAAACGCUGAAGCUCAACGGACACUUCAUCGGCAGAGGCUCCGACCUCAUCGCUUCCUCGGUCACCUGGAAGUCCCUCCUCUCUUUCUUCUUCACCAAACGACUCCCCACGGGGGAAGACGACGCCAACCCCAUCGUCGUCGACGGCAAGCUCUGUAGAGCUGGCACCAAGAGAGUUGGGUGUGACGUUGUUGAUGAUAGCAGAGGAAGAGAGGCAGAGUUGGAAGAUGGGGAAUUUUUGGGGAUGAAGAGUAAAAAGAUGAGGACGACUAGCAAUGUUGGAAUUUGCUCCAAGAGGAAGCAAUUGUUGGAGGAUGUGAAGUUGCUCAAAAAGUUGAAAAUUAGUGAAACCAACCCAGAUAUUCAAGGAAGCAGUAAUGGACUGUGCAAGAGCAUCGCGAGCAACCACUUCAGUUGCAGUUAUAUGAGUGGGAGUAUGAAGAGGAUGACAGAAGAUGAGGCAGGGUUACCACACUUGCUUCGGGGUUUCACGGUCUCUGCAGCGGUGGUGUAGAUGUAAGCGAUCACUGAUUCUCCGGCCAAGCUUCAUCAGGUUGGUACGGAAAACUGACUCAGAAUGAAGAUGUUACCAUUCCAACUGCAAGCAAACAUCAGAAGCUGUUAAUUGAGUAACAAGCACAAAGACAGAUUCCUGAGCACUAGAUAUUUCACUUUCUUUCUGCAAAUGAUCCAGUUGAGCAACUGGUCUCCAAGCUGAAGGUGACGUGGUAAGCACACAUCUUCCACUGAUCUUCCUCCUGAAAAUUUGAAUUCAAGGACCAGCUUGUAUGUAAUUUUGUUUCAUGGGAAUAAGUCGUAACAGUUCUCUAACUAUCGGGUUCUACAACAACUAUAAGUGUUUGCUGAAGAGAAAUUCCUGAGCCUACCCCCUCUGAUUC